AUCCUCGUCGCCUUGCUUUCACCCGUGCUGUGGCUGUUGGGGCUGUGGCCGCCGUUGGUCUUCGCGUGUCUCGCUUCCGCCUGCCUCGCCGUGCUCUUCCUCAGGGCCCGGCCGAAGGGUUUCGUGGUGUUCGCCGGAUGUCUCUUCAAGGACAAGGGAGGAGAAGGCAGCGAGGAAUUGUCCCGAGUUGAGGGAAUCCACGUCCUGCAAUUGAAUGUCACCAACGACGACGACCUUAGGAAUGCCUUAACCUACGUCAAGGAGAAUUUGCCGCCCCGAGGUCUCUGGGGGAUCGUCAACAACGCUGGAGUUUCCAAUUACGGGAAGGUGGAAUGGAUGUCUUUGGACGCCUUCAAGUGGGCGGCCGAGGUGAACCUCUGGGGUCCUAUCAGGGCNCGCGUGGUGAACGUGGCAAGUGUGUUGGGCCGCAUGGGAGCGGCACAAAGGGGAGCUUACGUCCUGACCAAGCAUGGCCUCGAGGGCUUGUCCGAUUGCCUCCGCUACGAGAUGAGGAGGUUCGGCGUCCACGUCUGCGUCAUCGAACCUGGCAACUUCGUUGCUGCAACGAAGAUCCUGACGGAGGACUGGGUGAUGAAGGUGGCUGAGGAGAUGUGGGACGGGAUGGACGCAGAAGUGAAGUCGGAUUACGGGAAGGAGGACUUCGAUCGGACCCUCCAGCUCCAGCUUUCCUUCUGUCAAUCGGGGUUGAAAGACCGCACUCCGGUGAUCCGAGCGAUGACAUCGGCAUUGACGGACUCUCAUCCCCUGCCCCGCUACCAGGCGACCACUCUCUAUUACCGGGUCCGCUGCUUCGUCGCCACGCAUCUCCCCGAGAUCGUCUACGAAGUCCUCUACGAGAGGUUCCGCCUGUGAUGUCCUCCUCGACCGGAUCACUUUAUGUUGAAUAGUAUCUCAAUGUUUCUUCAUCUCUCCUGUGGAGAAGUUCUCUCCAAAUCGUUAAUCGGUCGUGGUUCUAAGCAGGCCUGUGGUGAAUAUCAUAAGAGCUUGGAUCGAUCGAAAAAAGUGCAAGGCGAAAAAUCAGCCGUUUUCAUGAGUGUCCUUCGACAACUUAUAUCGUAUGAAUGCGGAUCGUGAAAAUUCCAGAUAUUGUAGUUUUAAAUGUUUUCUUAUACUCUUACCUCUUCAUGGUAUUCAUAGUAUCAUAUAGAUUCAAUACAUAUGAAGUUAAUAGUUCCAAAUUCUUUGCUUAGCU